CUCCCGGACCCCGCGCGCGCUUCCGGCUGCGGGAGGGAACGCGUGGCGGCGGGCACGGAGCAUGCUGUCCCUCCUGGCCCGGGCCGCCGCCGCGGCGGGCCCGCUGCGCUCGCUGUGCCGCUCGCCCUUGUGCUCGCUGGCCCCGUGGGGCCGGGUGGCGGGCGGCAGCGGCGGGGCCCCAGCGCCGUACCAAGCCCCCCGUGGGCUGCUGGCCGUGGCCCCGCCGCCCGGGCCGCCGCUGCCGGCGCUGGUGGCGGGGCUGAAGACGAAGACGGUGCUGAAGAGGCGCUGCAAGGAUUGCUACAUCGUGCGGCGGCGCGGGCGGCUCUACGUGUACUGCAAGACCAACCCCCGGCACAAGCAGCGCAAGGGGUAGAAGUGAGCCCGGAACCGUCCCGGCGGGCACGGAACCAGCGCGGCGUUCGCCGGCCGGACCUGGAGCCCCCCUCGCUGUCCGGGACCGCGGGCUGUCAUCCGGCUGGCUGCCCCCUGGCUUCAGAGAGCCUUCUGCCGGGGGCAUGGACCGCGAAACGUAGCGGGGGAUAAUGUUUCAUCCUAACCCAGACGCAGAGCGAGUUAAGUUCUGGACGGCCCUUGCCGUAACUCAGACCGUGGAUGCUGGGAACUGAAAUGGGAAGACAACUCCCAGGACCUGUCGUCAUCUUAGUCGUGAAGCCUUACUUAAAAUCGCCUCGCUGCUAAAUUAGCAAGGGUGAAAUUGAAUCAUCGGAAUCUGAGGUGCAUUACUGUUUAAUUAAAGCAAAAUGAAAAUAAACU